GCGCGCCUUCUGGCAAGCAAGCCGGGCUGCGCCGGGCGCCCUGCCGCCCCCCCCUCGCUGUGCACGCGCAAAGCCCCCCCCCGCAAGAGGGCAGGCAUUUCGGCCGCCCUUUGAAGUUUGGCCACGCGCUUCACUUCUAGAGACGGACGGAGCAGCAGCCGGACAGCCUGCGCCCAAUGCAACUCGCGGAGAAGGAGAUCAGGCGCCCCUUGGCGCUUGCAGGACCGGCCCUCCCUUCGCCGGAGGCGCGCCCGCGAAAGUUGGCGAGAGGCGGCCUUCUCCUCCGUCCCCCCCCCCGCUUCCCGGCAUGCACCCCUCGAGCCCUCCCCCCGGCCGGGCCCACCCCCUCCAGCCCCAUUUACGCCCCCGCCAGGUGGGAGCGAGCCUUCUCCCGCGGCGCCUCGGAGGGCAGCGAGCAUGGCUUCAAGGCAGCAGCUGGGUAACGGGCUCGGGGGCCGAAGGGGCUUUUGCGCUGCGCUCUCGGGCUGCGGGACGGGGAGCUCAGGGCGCUUCGGCAAGUUGGGCAGCAGCAGCAGCAGCAGUAGCAGCGUCCGCCCACCUGCGCGCGAGGGGCGCCUGGCUCCUUCGGGCUCGCUCCCGGGUUGCAAAUCCCAAGCUCGUCCGGGUCGGAGCGAGCCGUGCUGCUUCCGGAGGGACCCAGAUUUAGGGCCGCAGCGACAGAGCCCCAGUAGCCGUGUUUUUAAUAAAUAUAUAUAUAUAAAGGUGGCGUGGCUGGAAGAGUUAAAGUUUCCGUCUCUGCUGCGGAAUCGAGGGUUAGGGUAAGAGUUGCGAAAGGCUCAGGAAAGGGCCACCCAAAUUAUCAAGGAGAUGGAGCAACUUCACCCCCAAUGAAAAAAGAUUGCAGCAUUUGGGACGUUUUAGCAGGGCCGGCCCACCCAGGAGGCAAAGUGAGACAACUGCCUCGGGCAGCAGAUCCCAGGGUCAGUCCUUCUCCCGGUCCCCCCCCCCCCCCCGGUGUGGAUGUUCCCUCGCCCCUUCUUCCCUGGCAGGGAGGAAGCUGCCAUUUGGGGGUCAGGUGACCAGCCCUGCUGAUAGAAGCUUAUAAAAAUACUCAUAGGGUGGAGAAAGUGAAUAGGGCAUGGGGAGGCAACCACAGGCCCAGGGGCCAGAUCCGUCCCAAUCGCCUUCUCAAUUCGACCCGUGGACAGUCCGGGAAUCAGCGUGUUUUUACAUGAGUAGAAUGCGUCCUUUUAUUUAGAACGCAUCUCUGGCUUAUUUGUGGGGCAUAGGAAUUCAUUCAUUCUCUCCCCCCAAAUAUAGUCUGGCCCCCCACAAGGUCUGAGGGACAGUGGACUGGCCACCUGCUGAAAAAGUUUGCUGGUCCCUGGGAUAGGGGAACGUGUUUCUCCCUCUCUCGUAGCACUGGAAGUUGCUGACAUCCAACAAAGGAGAAUGUUGGAAGAUUUAUGACAGAUAAAAGGUGGUCCUCCUUUGCAUAGUGCACAAUCUAUGGAACUAUGGAACUCACUCCUGCAAGAGAUGGCAACUGUCACCAAUUUGGGUGGUUUUAAAAGACCAUUAGACAAAUUCAUGGAGAAGAGGGCACUUCUGGUUAGCCCCCGUGGGAACAGGAUGCUGGACUAGAUGGGCUCUUGGCCUGAUCCAGCAGGAUCCUCCUUUGUUCUUGUGUGGUGAAACUGUUUCUGGACUGUACCACCAAGCUGUAGGCAAAAAGUUGGGAGGGGGGAAUUGCCUAGAAAGUGCAGCGCUUUGGAGCCUAAGUUGCAAAUGUGCAAAAUAACAAAGGAGUCAUCACUGAAGAAACCUCUUGUGUAGGGAUGGCAUAAAUAAAAUAAAAUAAUAAAAUAAAACAAAUCAGUGUUUCCCAUUGUUUUGCUUCUGAAAACUUGUGCCAGUUACGUUUCUGGACAGACAGUACAAGACAUUGUAAGAAGAUGGUAAGAAAGAAAUAGUGCGUUGCUGAUAAUGCCAAGAUUGCAGGUUUGAUCCCUGUGUGGAACAGAUGCCUAGUCUUGCAUUCAAGGGGUUGGACUAGAUCAGUGCUUUCCAAACUCUGCACAUUAGUGUGUUGGCUGCAGUGCGUAGGUGUGUUGCACAAACGCUCCCCGUGCUCCUCCGAGGGCUGGAAAGGGGUUAGUUUCACCUCCAGUUUGCGAGUAAAACUGAAUUGCUGUGUCGUGAAGUUAUGCAUGUCUAAAAAAUGUGUCACCAACAUGAAAAGUUUGGAGAGCUCUGGACUAGAUGAUCUUCAGGGUGCCUUCCAGCUACAAUUCCAUGAUUCUGUGACAGGGCGGCUCCACUGCGCUGUGCUUCCAUGUGCACUCUGUGCCUUGACCUUGAAGAGGUGCUUUGUGUAUGUGUGAACCUUUGAUAAGGAGUGUGGAAAUGGGCUUCAGCAUCCUGCCUUCUUCCUUGGGGCUGAGCCACACAUGAUAUGUGAGAUCUGUGAUCAGAUUCCCCACCUUUUGUUGUUUAAUUUUAAAAUGGGAACAGAAGACUCAAACUUUCUAGGAGCCGUGCUUCAGAGUGAGGCCCUCUGGAGUUUCUUCAGUUUAAACAGGCCUUGCGCCAUGAACCUAAAGGCAUUUAGUCGGAAGGCAAGUCCAUUUAUGUGACUGCAGCUUAUUUCUUUGCUACAAUUAGCAUGUUUGCUACAUAUCUUUCCUCUGAGGAGCUCAAGGCGGCCUGCCUGGUUCUUCCUCUCCCCGUUUUUAUCUUCGCAGCAGCCCCUGGCGCAAGGGAGCCCAGUGAGCAUCGUGGCUGAAGGCGAACUGGAACCCUGAUUUCUCAGGCCUCCCACCACCACGCCACACUGGCUGGCUAUAAAUUAUUCCAUAUAAAUGUGUUUAGGAUUGCAACCUUGCACUUUGAUCCUAAACAUACCUAUAUAGAAAAUUUCCGCUGUCUGCUUCCAAGUUAAGAGUGCACACGACUGCAGCCUUAUUAUGCAUGCUUGACUCCCCGAGCUGCGCACAAGGAAAUACAAGUGACUCAUUGUGUAUUUUGGGGUUCUGCUACAUGCUAACAGUCUUUUUAAAAAUGCUGAUUAUCUUUUGCUUUCCUUCUAGCUUUAUUCAGUGUCUCAGACAAGACCGGCCUAGUGGAAUUUGCAAAAUGCCUCAGUUCCUUGGGUUUGGGUUUGGUCGCUUCUGGAGGAACCGCAAAAACCCUUCGGGAUGCAGGCCUGAACGUCAGGUAAAAGCUGUUUGAAGGUUCACAGAAUCAUGCCCCAGAUGAAGUGUUUCAGAGUAAUUGGCAUUGCUUGCUUCUGCAUUGCAAACUUGAGAUUGGGUUUGCCACUUCACUUGUUAACGUCAAACCAUGGAUUUGUUUCAUAGAAACGAGCUCUGUGAUUCUGUGUUUCCUGUGCAAUCCCUUCAUCCACUCCUUUCUUAGUUACGUGCUAGUUUGCAUAAAUCCAUCGUUUUCUGUUAGUUUGCCAGUUUGGGUGAAGUGGCAGACUCUAGUCAGUUCAAACCAGAGAGUAAGCAAAUUUAAGUAAAUCUCUGCAUAUUGAGCUGACAGAUCCUAGAUGAUAACUUAAUUUCCUUUGCUGUGUGCUGUCCCUGUUCUCUGGGAUUUUUCUCACGUUGGACUUCUGUCACAGCUUGAACAGAAAUCCUUAGCUCGGCGUCACAGCACCUGCGUUGCAUAAAGAAGAUCCCAGGUUCCAGCCCCAGGAUCUCCAGCCAGGGCAGGGAGUAUUCCCUGCCUGAAACCCUGGCGAAGGUGCUGCCAGUCAGAGUAGACUAUAUUGAGCCAGAUGGACCUGUGAUGUGACCUGGUAUAAAGAUUCAAAGGACCUGCAAAUUAGUGUUGUGCAUAUAUUUUUGCCUCGGUUUCUUGUAUCCUGCAAGUAUUCAUGUGGGGGUAUGUGAAAAAGGAGGCCAGUACAAGACUUUGAAGAAAUGUUCAUGGGAGAGGGAUGAGAGGCUUCCAUUUUUACAUUUAUUUACAUAUGAUGGCAUGUAUGUUCUGCCUUUCCUUCAUGGUGACGUAUGUCGUUCUCUCCUUUCCCAUUUUGUCCUCAUAACCUUCUUCUCUGGGCAAAGCAUGGACUAUACCACUGAGCUCUCCACCCAGAUUUCUAAAGGUGUGGUUUGUUUCCACAUAAAAAUGGCUGCUUUGAAAUAUAGUCGUAACUUGGAAGUCGAACAGAAUCCGUUCCGGAAGUCUGUUCAAAAAGCUUGAAAACUGAAGCAUGACUUCUGAUUGGCUGCAGGAAGCUCCUGCAGCCAAUCAGAAGCCACAGAAGCCCUGUUGGACGUUCGGCUUCCGAAAAUAGUUUGCAAACCGGAACAGUCAUUUCCAGGUUUGCGGCGUUCAGGAACCAAAAUGUUCAGGAACUAAGCUGUUUGACUUCCAAGGUACAAGACAAGGUUGCUUUUCUUUCUGAAGAUGGACUUUAAAGUGGGGGGAGAGAGUGUAAUGUUGUCUUGAGUUUAGAAUCCUUUAAAUUCUUUGCUCAAUAGCCUUUCCCGGUGAAAUUUACUUUAAUUAGAGGAAAGGGAGUGCAUUAUUUGGCUGUGGUCAUGUGAAAGGGAACUAAUGCUUUUUAGAUGUCUAGAAAGGCUUUCUGAAAUGAGCAGUUGAAAGCCUUUCUGUCCCUUUUCAUGUAAUCUGUCAUCUGUUUGAGGCUGUGUGCCAUUAAGAGAAGGAAAUCCAUUAAGAUAGGCAAGCAUUAAACAAAAUACCCAUUCAAGACCAUGAUAAAGGAUUAGUCCAAGAGGAGGCAACACGUGCCUCCCAUGGACAUUUCCCUGGGCAAAAAGUUCAUAUUUUCCAACUCCGGUCUUUACUAAGUGAUUUUUGGUCAUCCUGUUGUACCAUGCAAAGUAUGUAGUAUUUCUUAAAAAGAAAGGUGAACAGUGGUGGAACCGUAAUGCGCUGGAGAGUGUGGAGCUGUGCAUCAUGGGCUCAAUUCCUGAGCAAUUUGCCCCAUGAUGCUUUUUUUCUUCUCCUCAGUUUCCAGUAAAUUUCAGUUUAUCUUCCCACCAACCUUGUGGUGUAGGCCAGUGUUUCACAGAGGGGCGAGGAAGCUGUCAAGUUGCCAUGGAUAGCUGUUGUAUCUAGCUCUAAAUGCAGACUUGGGUUUUGGGGUUUUCAUGACUGGCUGCAAAGAAGUUGGGUAAAAAAAUACUAAAUUUUGCCUUUACCUUGGAAAAUCAUACAUUGUUUAGAUUAAGAGGAGCUCUGUUUCUAGGAGCUCAGACAUUUUACUACAAGAACUCUUUUUACUUUAUACCCAAGACAUUAUCAUGACUGUACAGAGAACCUGUGGCUAAGGAGGUACUUUGCUUAUAUUCAGGAGAGUUUAUUCAAAUUCUAGCUUGGAAACGUUGGGUGACACUGAGUAAAUAAUCCUUUUUCAGCUUCCAUAUUUCACCUGCACAUUUAAAGUAGUGAUUUAUCACAGCAUCCUUGUCAGGCCAAACAAGGCUGGCCAAGCCAAUUCAUAUAUAUGCUACAGUGACUGCCCAAAAUUCAGUGGGUAUCCACAUGGUCAGUGCUGGCAAUCCCUGUUGCAUUUUGUGAAAAUAAGCAUGUGCUUCUUGACUUUUUGACAUUCAUUUAGGCAAUAGUUGCUGCUGCAUUUUCAGACAUAGACAGAAUAGACAUUCAUAUUGGAUUGUCAACAUUCAUGAAAUAAUUUUUUACAUUCACCAAUUUUUGGAUGUUCACUAGAACAGAUACAUUAAAAGUGUUAUUUGAUGGAGAGAAGAAGAGAUGAAAAGAAUCUUCUACCAUGUGUUUCAUAUUAACCAAAUACCUAUUAUACCAUCUCUAUUGGCAGAUCGGUCUUUUAGUCAAACAGUUUAUUGCACCGAAGGAGUACUAUAGAAAUAAAGUAACUGACUUCUGACUUUCUUCUGUUUCUCUAUCACUCUCCCCCCCACCCCUUUGCACAGAGAUGUUUCUGAUCUCACUGGCUUUCCGGAAAUGUUGGGAGGGCGUGUGAAGACCCUUCAUCCUGCUGUUCAUGCAGGUAGGUUGGUCCUAACGUGCUUCUGUUGGCUGUAUUUUAUGGAAUCUGUGUGGCAUCUGGGGAAAGGUGGAUCUGCUGAAGUUGCACAUCGUCUAAAUCAUGGCGGCGGGAGGGGGGGCGGUGAUUUAUGGCCUCUGGUCUCACUUUAUGCCAUCCCUGACAACACUUAUUCCAGAUUAGUCAAGGCUUUUGCUUCUGGCUCCACCCAUCAUCGGCUCUGGCCACUUCAGCAUGCAAUCUCAGUAGAUUACUCGUUGCCAGGGAAAAGGCUGCUUACCCCAUUUUCAAGCUUUCCUCUCACAGAGGUGAUCCACUUGGGUCUGGGCUGUUUUGCUCCAAGCUCCGUAUGGGGACCUGCAUCCCUGAAUGCGUCCUCACAGAAUAAUUCCUUCCCCAUAGAAAUAGAGGGUGCCGCCCCUCUCCCUGAGAUCCAGUAUUGUGUGUGUGUGUGUGUGUGUGUGUGUGUAGAAACUGGAAUUGGGCCUAAAUACUGUGCAUCUUCCUGGAGGAUAAUCUGUGAGCCUUAUUGAGGCCCAUGAUUCUGACUACAGUGGUACCUCGGUUUACGAACUUAAUCCGUUCCGGAAGUCCACUCUUAAACCAAAACCGUUCUUGAACCAAGGCGUGCUUUCCCUAAUGAGGCCUCCUGCCGCCAGUGCCCUUCCACUGUUCGGCUUCCGUUCGAAGACCGAGGUAAAGUUCGCAAACCAGGACACUACUUCCAGUUUUGUGGAGUUCGUAAACCGAAUAGUUUGUUAACAGGGCUGUUCUUAAACCGAGGUACCACUGUAGCCUAUGUAAGUUUUCCACAGUGAUUAUAUGUUUGUGGUUCCUUGCUUACAACUCCUUAAAAAGAUUGGGUGUUCAUUUUAGAAGCAUAAAGUCAAAAGUUUUGUGGCUCCUUACAGCUGAAUUAAGAUUUGGAAGGGAUCACGUGCUACAGUUCUCUCAGGAUAGUGGUGUCGCUCCAAAAUGCAUUCAAGAAACUACAUAUUUGUUUAAGUCUCCCUUCCUAGUCAAAAACUGCCUUCCUCUGCAAAGGUAGAAUGUUGGGAAUUGGCAUAUCAGGGAAAGGCUAGGCUGAGUUUUCUGGGUGUCAGGGUUUUUUUGUUUUGUUUUAAGCAUAUGUGAGCUUUCAUUUAUGUGAUUCUCACCUGCGUUCUGAAGUUAUAUAGUCCCCACAGGGCAGUACUAUGUCAUUUGUCUUUAUACAUAGCUCAGCCACUUUCCUAUAACAUGAGCUUGAUGACAUGAGGGAUUCCCUUCCCCCUCCUUUUGAAAGACUUGGCGUUGUGAAAAUACGUUGGUUUAGAAAUCCAAAAAUCAAUGGCAUGUCAAAUACUGCUAGAAACGUAGGCCAGUAUUCUGUCAUAAUUUGGAAGCCUUAAAAAAUCCAGAGGCAACUUUUUCUAAGCUCCAUUCCUGUGCACAGUUACUAGGGAGUAUUCCAUUGAACCUGCUGGGUCUGAGUAGGCUUGAAUAGGCUUGUGCUGUAAGAGCAAUUCAAAGUCUGAGUCAAGUAGCUGCCUUUGAGACUUAAGGCUUCAACCCUUUAUAGACCUGGAUAGGAAUAAGCCCAGUACACAUAGUGGGUCUCACUUAGAUUUAAAAAUACUUUGGCUCAUGCUGUCUCAACUUUGAUAGCUAUAUGCUUAGACUUAACUGGGAUGUUCAUGAGUAAUAUUUGAGUAACUAGGAAAGUAUUUGGCACUUAUGUCAGUUAUGAAAUCUCUACAGGAGAAUCUGGCAUUCUCAGACUUAGCUAAUCAUACUUUGGUUUUCCUACUCCUUUCUCUAAUUCUUUUAUUCCCCCCCCCCAUUAGGUAUUCUGGCUCGGGACAUCCCACAAGAUAAAGCUGACAUGGAUAAAUUGGAUUUCAGUCUUGUAAGGUAAAAUGUUUAAAGGGUCAUUGUGAGUUAAUAAAUAAUCAUGACAUAAACCUGCAACCAAUCAAAUGUUCAUUUACCGUAGACACCAGGGCUUCUGCUCCAUAAACAAGCCUUUAUCUGUGUGUUAGAGUAAAAAAUAGGUCAGAUGCAUAAAUUUUGUGAGAUGGUGUCAUUGUCAUCAUUUUUGGAGCGAAGGAAAAAGGAGAAAAAAUAAUAGCGUAAGAGACUUAAAGGCUCUAUACUUCUAUUCAUUGUUUUAAUUUUGAAACACUGGCAAACAUACCCUUUUGAGAUUUACACAGUACUGUUUAGAUUUCAACAUGUAAGUCAACUUCAAACGUAAGAGUGCAUAAAUUCAGGGCCAGAGGCUGAGGACCCUGGGGCUGAAGACUUGGUCUGGGCACGCCCCCCCCCCACGCCCCCUUUCAGUUUUGCGCCUCUUGCCCCAUCCCUUAACUUAGAGGCAGCACAAUAAUUCCUCAGCUUCAUUCGAUUGGCCAACUUGAUGUGGGUGUGGUGCAAAGUGUGACUUUGGACGUCAAACAGAAGUUAUUCAUUAAAUGGAAAUCAGAAAGUUCAGCAUCAAAGUUAAAUAAAAGUGAUUCUUAACUGGCCAGUUUUGUGCAAAGCACAGUGGAAACGUAACGUGGGUCACUGUCUGGCAACUGGUCACCUGAUUCUGUACCAUCAGCACCCAGUGACCUGGACAGAUGACUUUUAGUGUUUUAUAUUUCUGGGCCACCUUAAUGAUACUGGGUUUUUUAACCUAAUAAAGGGCAAUAUGGGCACAAUCCAACCAAAAUAUUUGGUCCCUCUUACUGAUUUCAGAGGAGAAUUAAGCAUAUGUGUAAUGCUCUUUCCCCCAUCUCCUGUUGGAACUAGUGGGUGGAUUGUUCCCAUAGUUCUCAUUCUGUCACAAUCUCAGCAGUGUAGGUCAUCUGCUGUUUGCCCACUGCUUCCUUUCAACUGGGUUCCGUAUGGAUGAAAUGCAUGUUCCUCUUAUUUGGUGGGCUACCUGAAAACAACUUUAAGGUGAUGACCUGACUCUGGAUUGCCAGAUUGAGCCAGGUAGUGUUGCAAAGGCUGCUCCCGUCCUGCCUUUUGAACCUGCCCUUUGGAAGAGCAGCUGCUGGGGGGUGGCUGUCCUGAGUGCCCCAUGUCAGGGUCUUGUUUCUGCUUUGCUUCAGCAGGGAUCCGAUAAAUGAUUGCUUUGCAUUAGGGCAGGGAUGGGGAACUGCACCCCCUACAGAUGUUGCUGCAUUAUAGCUGCCAUCCUUGCUGGAGUCAAGGACCACAUUUUCCCUCAGAUGGAUAUGUCUGGGGUACUGCAUACCAGUGUUGCAGGCGGUGGAAGCAGAGCCACAAGUCAGCAGAGCCAGAGCUUGUAGUUGCUCCCUUGUUUGUUUCUGCCACCCUCUUAUCCCCUCUUUUCAUUCCUUCCUUCCUGUUGACAGUUCCCCCUUUCCACAAGAAAGCUUGGCAUGGGUGGGUGCAGGGAAGGAGUCUGAUUCUCAGGGAUCAUGUGUGGAGGGGAGGGGUAGCCCUUCCUUAAGCUGCCGUCCCCUAUGAAUCACACGCACACAUAUCACAGAGGGGUUUGGCUUAGCAGAGCGGGGCUCCCACUUGCAUGAACAGGAUGUCCCGCACUUUUAAAGUGGGCGGCUGUGGCCAAUUUGGGGAGAUGUGGGCUGGCUUCAAGGUGCCGUGGGCUACAUCAGCCCCAUAGCUCUGCAGUUGCCUGUCUGAAAUGAACAAUUUAAAGCCAUUCAAUCUUCUUCCUUCCAGAGUUGUAGUUUGCAACCUCUACCCCUUUGUCAAGACAGUCUCAUCUCCAGGCGUAACUAUCCCAGAAGCAGUUGAACAGAUUGACAUAGGUAAGUCAAAGGAACAUUGGUUUGAAUGGAUUGUGCCUUGCAACUUUGUGCCAGCAACUUUGGGGCUGUCACUGCUUCAUCUUUUCCUUGAAAACAGACUUCAGGGAGGGGUGUGGAAAGGGAUGCAUGUGUGCAAACCCACCACCGCUGGGUAUCCCAAUGUUUGUCUUGCAAUGCUGCAUUUCUGGCCACGUGGUGGCUUUUCUGUGACCUGGACAAGCAGAAACGGAAUUGGAAAUGGUUCCUUGGACAAAAAGGGUCCUUAAAAUCUAUUUUGUAUGUAGUAAUUAGCUGAAUUUUUCUAAAGGUUCUCUUUCCGCCAGAGAAAUUUUCAUAAAUGAUGAAUUUACUUUGAGAAGCCAGUGCAGAAACCGUUGCAUUAUCCACCUUACCCAACGAUGAAGCUUUGCUGACUCAAUGGACUUCCAUGCACACAGUGUGGCUUCGGCUCCUGUCCUGUCCCCUCCAGUCCCCCCCCCAUCAAAGUUGACUCCAGGGGGUUGAAGGACCCUCUGCAGCAUAUUUUGGAGGGAGGGAGCAUGGAGGGGAGGGAAGUAAAGAGAAGUCCCAUCAUAGUGGAACUGCACCUAUAUGGUGCAUCGGAUACAACCCAGUGGUUGUAAUACAAUCUGUUGAGUUGUUGGAAGGCUGGCUGUAGAACACAUGCUAUAAAUCCUGCAAACCCUGUGUGCGAGAGGAAAUGAGUUGUAUGUGAGAUGACUAGAUUUGGUGUGCCUGAGAUGUUGUAUAGCAAGGUUAGGGAGCCUGAGGGCCUUCAGACUUCAUUGGACUCUAGUACCCAUGACCCCAGCCAGUAUGGCCACUGGUCAGGAAUGGUGGAAUUUGCAGUCUGGCAACAUCCGGAGGACCAGGGCUUUUUUUCAACUUGGUUCCGGCACCUCCCCUGAGGGUUCUGGCAGACCCUGGAUGGAUCAGCGCAUUGCGUGUUUUUGAAGGUAGGACCUUAAGCUCCCAGUCUGUGAUGUACAGAGGAAUGGUAAUGGUUUUCCUGGCUUCCUUUUAAUUGCAGGAGGUGUUGCUUUACUGAGGGCUGCUGCAAAGAACCAUGCUCGCGUGUCUGUUGUGUGUGAUCCUGGGGACUAUCCCACCAUAGCAAAGGAAAUGCAGGCGUCCAGCGCUAAGGAUACGACUUUGGAAACUCGGCAGCAACUGGCUCUGAAGGUCGGCUGUCUGAUUGUGCGUGCUGCUUUCCCGCAACUUUUCAAGUAUGCUGGUGACUGACUAGUCUCAAUGUGCUUUCUGCAGGCUUUCACUCAUACGGCUCAGUAUGAUAUGGCCAUCUCUGAUUACUUCAGGAAACAGUACAGCAAAGGGGUGUCUCAACUUCCCCUGAGGUAUGGCAUGAAUCCACACCAGACUCCUGCUCAGCUCUACACAUUGAGGUCUAAGCUUCCUCUUUCAGGUAGGAUGCCUUGUAAGUCUGUUCUGAAUAACCUUAUAAUGGUCCUGUAACAAUGCACGCAGAUCCUCCUUUCUGAACACAGUGCGUUCCCAGGGAAUCAUUAAAUGAGCGUUUGCAUAGAAAACUGAUGAUUUCCUAUGGGAACAUUUCUAUAACCUGUGAUUUGUCAUCUCUUCCUCCAUGAUUUCUGCCUGAAACUGCUGCAGCCAAUCAGCAAAAGCCAUACAAAGGAAAAACUGAACUGCCCGAUUUCUACUGCUCUUUGAUUUCUUUGAUCUCCCUCCCUCCACCACAGUUUCUGCCCCUAAUGGCUGCCGCCAACCAGCAAAAAACAAACAAACAAGGAAGUGGGCAAACUUUGGCUGUUCGGAUAUCUGAAUCAGCCAUUCAUGUAGUGAGGUUUGGGAAUAAUCCUUUGUGCUCAGAUAACAGAUUUUUUUUAUAACAAGAGUUCUGAUAGUGGGACCUGUGUACUAGGAAACAGUUAUUUUGAAUAUACGGAACACAUUUCUACUGUAAUCUUUACAAGAACUACUAUUAGGUAGGUCAGAAUUGAUAUUUCCACAUCACAGACUGCAGAGAACAACACUUAUUCAGUACAUUCAAAACAGGUAAAAGAGGUGAGAUUAGGAGCUAUACCUCAUAAUCUUAAGCACUACAUUUCACCCGGCUCUCAGUAAUGCUACUGAUGGAGGCAGUGUGCUUUAGUGGUUGGAAUGUUGUCAAGUUCUUCAAGCCCUCAGAUGUUUCAUUCGUUGCUCUUGUUAAUGUAAAAGUGGAGGGGGACCUUCCUUCUUUCCUCCUUCCUUCCUUCCUUCCUUCCUUCCUUCCUUCCUUCCUUUUCCCUUGUGUUUACUACUGGUAGGAUUAAAAGCAAAGAGAAAUGGUUCAUAACACUUUGUUCCUAAACUGAAUGGCACCUUCCGCUUUGGCUGUUGGUGCCCCUACAUAAGAAAGGCCUUUAUGACUGAAUUUACUUUUAUGUUCUGCCUUCAGUUCUGAAUGGCUCUCCUGGGUUUAUAAACCUGUGUGAUGCUCUGAAUGCCUGGCAGCUGGUCAAGGAGCUCAAACAGGCUUUGGCCAUUCCAGCCGCAGCCUCCUUCAAACAUGUCAGUCCAGCAGGUAAGACUCUGACUUCCAAGGAUGGGUCCCGGUUAACUUGCUUGGCUUUCUCCAGCUGUGCUAUGUCUUAAAGGAGACUGUAUUUCUCCUGUAGUGCAAAGAUGCACUAAUGUCCUAUCUAGAAGAACUGAGACGCUUAACAGAAAGGUGAACUAGAGCUCUGUUGUGCGCUUCUCUUUCUUGGAGUAGCUUGUAUGCGUAGAGUUGGCAGGGGCUUCAAAGGUCCCUCAGCCCCUUACCAAUGCAGGAAAUCUACUGCUAUAGCUUCUCCAAAAAGUCACCAUCCAACACCUGCUUGAAAACCUCUAUGAGAGGAUAAUCCACCACCUUCCAAGGCCGUCUUUUCCAGUUUCAAAUAGCUUAGUCCAAGUCUUUUUGUUCUUUCUUGUAGUUUGAAUAAUGGAAUUGCGAUUUGAAGCUCAGGUUCCGAUAUUUGCAGGUGGGGAGGGCCAUACACAAAUGGUACUGCAUCUGUAGGCCUGUGGCCCUUCCAGAGGUUGGGCUGCAAAGCCCCCAUUGGCCACAGCCACUGUAGAGAAACAAAUAAUAAUUUAUAAUCAUUUAUUAUUUAUACCCUGCCCAUCUGGCUGAGUCUCCCCAGCCACUCUGGGCGGCUCCCAAUCAAGUAUUAAAAACAAUACAGCGUUAAAUAUUAAAAACUUGCCUUCAGAUGUAAUAAUAAUAAUUUAUUGUUUUUUUACAAAGCUCUUCUUACGGCCUUUACUUCUUUUGCCUACCAGGGGCAGCUGUUGGCAUACCUCUCACUGAACAGGAAGCUCAAGUCUGUAUGGUGCACGACAUGCACAACACCCUGACACCCUUGGCAUCUGCAUAUGCGCGAGCAAGAGGUGAGUGGGGACUCAGGGCAAUUUACCGUAUUUUUCGCUCCAUAAGGCGCACCUAGUUUUUAGAGGGGGCAUUCAAGAAAAACAUAUUAUUUAAAGGGAGCGCUGAGCAGAGCCUGUCUGCAUCCCAGGCUCUGUUCAGCGCUCCCUUUCACGAGCUGUGUGGAGCGUGUGUGCGGCGCUUGCAGGCUUUUCCCCGAGGAGGGAGAAGGGCAGCUCUUUAAAGGGAGCCCGGCUCUUGGGGGCUUUUCUGGGAGGUGGGGGAAAGGAUAGAGCCGCGCUUUGUCCCUUCCCCCACCUCCCGCAAAAGCCAGGGAUAGCCGCACAAAGCCUCCACAGGGCAGCGGAGGCUUUGCGCCACUAAGGCAGAAGCUAAAACAGCUAGAGGGAGCACUGCAGCGCUUGCUCUAGCUGUUCUGGCUUCUGGGGAAGACCACGAAGCCUCCUCAGGGCAGCGGGGAGCCUUCAUCCUGCUGCCCUACGGAGGCUUCGUGGGCUACCCCAGAGCUGCUCAGGAGCGCAGGGCAUCUGCGCGCAGCCUGUCCGUUUCUCCCCCCCCCCCCCAGCCCCAGGGACCACACAUUCGCUCCAUAAGACACACAGACAUUUCCCCUUAGUUUUUAAGAGGAAAAAAGUGUGUCUUAUGGAGCGAAAAAUACGGUAUAACAUUAAAAUGUGUUAUAAAAAUGUGACACCAGAUGGCGUUGUAGAGCAGAAUCCAAAGUCAAUGGCCGAUUGCCUUGGGAGCGUUUCCCCACUAUAGCUUUUGAUAAUAGUGUUUUUAAUAUCUGUAUAGAUCCAGCCUGGGUUUUCAUAUCAGGGUUGCAUCCAUGCCUUUGAUCUUACUGCCCUGUGUAGAAUUAUUGUUUUCCCUGUUUAUAGCAUGACAUUGUGGGGCAGUGGUGCCCCAUCUGUUGGAAAUGGCCCCGGGCUGGUUAGACAUUCCCCCCACAUUGUGGCUCCUGGCUACAGACAGAAGAACUCCAUGGAGAAGGGAUUCAUCUGCUAGUUAAGCAAUUUUGUUAACUUGUGGUGCUUGGCAAGUACCACACAGGUUUGGCGACUUGGUUAUUCAUGCUUCAGCGAACCACCUACAUCAAUACUGUGAUGUUGAAAAUGUGCAGUUGCUACACUGAGCUUGCUUGCCCCCUGGGUAACUUGGGCUGCAGUUAAGAAGAAACCUGCCAGAAGUCCCAAGGUAGUAAGGAGCACUGAAGGCAUUGGGACUUACUCAAAAGUAAAUGCACCUGGGAUUGAGCUGUACACUUAAGAAGCUAAAUUCUGGGAUCCCUGACUCUGGUAGGUGACCUUUCUGGUGCAAAAUGCUACUUUUCUCCCCCAGGUGCUGAUAGGAUGUCGUCUUUUGGUGACUUCAUUGCUCUCUCUGACAUCUGUGACGUCCCCACAGCGAAGAUUAUUUCCAGAGAGGUCAGUCCCCGUGGCAUUCUGCACCUCUCUGGUCAGUUGGCUGGAGUUGGCCUGACCACUGCGUGACCAUAGAGUAGAUGGUGGGUAGGGAUAAGGUGGUUGGUAGUGAUUUUGUUGCAUAUAAUUUACUUAUAAUGGGUGUUGUUCUCCCCCUGUCCUCUUGCCCUGGGAACCUGCCCUGAUCUUGAAACCCUCAGGUCUAGUAGUGUGUGGAAGGCCAGACCUUUAGGCUUGGGUUUUGCCCAUGUUGCAAUAAAGGGCAGAAGUGAGUCCAAGGGAAUGGCUGGGAGGAAGGAGUUUCUAAAGUACACAGAGGCACUGGGAAGCUUUGUUGAUCAGAACGUAAGCAUGCUGAGCACUGAACGCUGCUCCUUUGUAGCCAGAGCAAUGCCUGACUAAACCCCUGCCAUUCACCAUUAAAAAAUGAAAAAGAAAUCCCCUCUCCUCUUCACAGUCCUGAAAUAUGGACCCAGAAUAACUGCUCGCGACUGUCAGUUUUCACCAAGAGCAUAAUUUUACCCUUCACCUAAAACUUUUGGAUUCAGUUUCAGCCUGUGACCCCUUGAUUUUUAUAAAGCAGCAGAUGAGAUGGAACAACAGGGAGUCCGUACUAAUCAUUUCCCCUAAAUAUGUGCACUUCUUGGAGAAUAAAAAACAUAUUCUUGAACUGAUCUUUUCUUCCCUGCCCUUUGUUAAAUUGAUACUCCUAAGCCUUUGGACAUAGGGUUAUACCUAAAUUUUAUGUCUUUUUUUCCUGAUCAAUUCCUGUUUUAUAUUUCAUGGGAGAUAGCUAAGGCUGUUUGACAGGUUGUUAUACAAGCUGGAAAUCCCAAUUGAGAUUUCUUCUCCCCCCCCCCCAGCUGAGCGUUUGUUUUAAGUUGUGUUUUUGUGUUUGGUUUGGUUUUAAAGGCAGGCCGUCUAACAAAUCCAAGGCUGUCCCUCUGCCCCCCAAAAAGGUUCAUUUAGGACGAGGCUCCAGUCCCUCCUGCCGGGCAGAGUUAGCCUGCUUGGAUUUAGGCUUCUGUAAUUACCAGUGGAACCUGCAACAAAAUGUUGCAGUAGUGGUGGCAGGGAUCCUGUCCAGGGUGCUAGCAAGCUAGCAGUUAUGUAGUCUUCCAAAGUAUUCAGUUCAGUUCAGUUUUCUGUGCCUUUCCCCUCCCAAAUGUCAGACAGGAUUCAUUGACCACUGAAAGGGUUAACUCCUUAUUGGGCCGCUUUGGCGAUCAUUCCCUUAAGGGUCCCUUGAGCAUGCUGACACCGCCCUACAGUAGGACUGACACUACCUUAAAAUUUAGUUUGCUGUUAAGAUAUUGGACAUUCUUGGGUGGCUUAACUUUUUUUUUUUACCUUUAUUGGCAUAGGUUUAAACAAUAAAAUCAUACAAAGUCACCCAAAUAUAUUAAUAAUCCAAACACAUACAAUAUAUAAAAGGCUCACUAGCCACCGCUGAAUAAAUCAGACAACUUUGGAUUUAGCUUUAAAAAUCUUGGCUAAAUAACCCGAAACAAUCUUGGUAGUUUCGGGAUUAUCAUCCCUCAACAGGUAUUGGAUUAUAGAUUCUUUAUAAGUGGGUAUUUUGAGCUGUAAGGGAGCCACUAGGAGAUCUCUGCAAUGGGUGUCGAGAAGAGGGCAAUCCAAGAUUAUGUGACGUAUUUUAUCUGGUGUUUUCUUAAUACAGGAGCAGAAUCUGUUCUGGAAGGGGAUCUUUUGAAACCUUCCAACCAAAUACAGCUGAGGGGAAUGCCUUUGACGAGCCAACAUAAAAGCUCUGCGAUGCUAUGGAGUAUCUAAAUUGUAAAAGAAAUUAGGCAUUACUCCAUGGUGAGGCUGCAAUCCUAAGUGAGCAGAUGAGCAUACAGAAGGCUGGGAGGGGUGAAGUUUUGGGAUUUCAUGGUCCAGUAGCCUUUGCUUAAUAAGCGCGAAGAUAUGUGACUCAUCCAAUAGAAAAAGGGAAUCUAUUGCAAACGUGUGUUGUGCAUACAGGUAUCUGAUGGGAUUGUGGCUCCUGGCUAUGAUGAUGAAGCCCUCAAAAUCCUAUCCAAAAAGAAAAAUGGAAGCUACUGUGUCCUCCAGGUUAGUGUUUGAACUGCUACAGGAUAUGUGAAUAUGUCAACUGAUUUCUCUCUCUCAACUACGUCCAGAGUUCCCUGCUCCCUCCCUCAAUUUACUUUUAAAGCAUGAUAUUUAAGCAAAAACCAAUAAAGAUAUACUCAUGACAUCUUAAAACCUCAAAGUGCAAUGGCGUUUCUUAAAAUUGCCUCUUAGGUUGAGGAGACGCAUUUUAGUGAUUCCAAACUGUUUUCCAUGCUUGUAGUUUGCAAUAUAAACUUGUAUUCGGUGCAUUGAUGGUUUAAUAAAACUAUGAGAAGUAAGGAAAACCUGACAGUAAGAAAAAACCUUCAGUAAGAAAAACCUGACAAUAUGGCUGUGGUCCAAAAGGUAAUGAAUACAACAUUGCCAUCAAUUUAGGGUUUAAUGGCAUAUGGUUUAAAAGUAGUUCCUGUUUCAUAUCUCCCAAUGUGGAAGUAUUCCCUACUUGCAUAGGACCAAGCAGAUUUUGCACUCAAUAGUUCUGCAAAGAAAUAAAAUGACAAAAAUAUAGCUAUUUAUAUACAAAACCCCUUAAUCUGUGUGCUGGGGGGGGGGUAACCCAUCACAUUUUUACUCUGGAACAAGUCCCAGUGUGUUGAGUGGGGCUUGCUCCUACUGAAAUGUUUCUAGGACUGCAGUUAUAGUCACUUUAAGAGAAGGAGGCUAGAAUCCCUGAAAGAUGAAUAACACUUUGGGAAGCCGCCACACAGAAACUUUCAGCAGGUGCUGCUUGCUUGUUUUGAAGUGUGUUUUGGCAUUUGUGAGGACCAUGGAGUUGAACAUUUCUGGUAAACCUUUUGCUGGCUCCUGGUUUUCAGCAGGCGUGUAGUACUUCAUUAACAAUAAGCAAGGAGAGAAACUGUAUUAAAUCGACAUGGCAUUAAGGACAGAAUCCUGCUUUUUAGAUGGACCCAGCUUAUGAGCCGGAUGAAAACGAAAUCCGCACUCUGUUUGGAUUGCAUCUGAUGCAGAAGAGGAACGAUGGCGUGAUCGACCGAUCUCUCUUCAAAAACAUCGUCACUAAAAAUAAAAGUGUAAGUGAAGGAAAGGGUGCCUUGAUGGGAGAGCUGACUGACAAUGCUCCUGUCAGGAAUGGAAAUUAGAGCGCUACGUUGAGACCAUUUAAUGGUUCAGUCUUAACAGUAUAUAAUUGAGUGGCAGGACUCGGGCUUUGGACAUACAGCUCUCUGAUUCCAUCCUGCUUUAUCUUGAGUUGAAAAGAACAGAACACCAAGCAUCAGUUCUGAACAAUGGCAUCCAAACACCAGUCCUCUCCAAAGGCCAAUGCCCCCCCCCAAAAAAACACCUCUCCUUCGAACAAGUCCAGAAGCCCAUUCAGAACCUCGUCAUUUUCACCAAAGACAGGCAGGCACCCAACCUGUUGGUGUAGUACCACUUAAGAUCAGCAGGUGGCUCUGCAGAACACUUUGCCAUUAAUCAGAUUGCCCUUAAACAUCGCUGCUUGCCUGCUUUCCCCAGGCUUGUUUCUCUACUGCUCAGUCACUAAAUUGUCCAUCUUCACUAGUAAUACAAGGAUGCCAAGAAAUCUGGAGACGGGCUGGAGAUCCUGUAUGUAGUGAGGAUGGUAGAAGCAGAAGCCAGUUGUUCUCUGUAUUGGUGAAACUUGCUCAUCUGAAAAUCCACCUUUCCUGCUCAGAUAAAUCCUUUGGGGUGCUUGUUGGAUGUUUCCAUAACCUGUUGGGGUUUGGCCUGCAGCUGUCUUUGGGUCCAGCCCACUUCCAGGUACCUGGCCUGCUCUGCAGCAGAGUAAUCACGCAGCUUCCACAGCAAGUGGGAGUUCCAAGACUAGCACGGAGAGUAGAAAGAAAUCACAGGAAAUGAUUGAGUACAGACACAAGUCUUUACGGUCAGUUUUAAGCGUGGCUGUUACAAACUAUACAAAACAAAGCCUCUACUAGGGCCCUGAUCGAGGCAGUUUAAACUUAAUGCUCAGGCCUGGCCCUAAAAACUGCCAGACCGUCUCUCACAUCGUCACAGUUUGAGAGGAGAGUUUAGACUAAACAUCUCUUAACUGUCCAGUACAGAAGAGUGCAUGGGCAGAGACAUUCUUCACAGUGACCUUGCGCCCUGGCUUCUAGCAUCUUCUGGAAACUCAGUGUUGUUUCUGGGAAUGAAUGUCACUCCCCCCCCCGGGUCCCCAGCCCCCCUCUUCUCAGCUCCCCUCUUGGUCUCCAGGGAAGAGGCAGCAGCCCUGUCAGGAGAGAGAGAGACUUCACACAGGGCUGGUGAAGAGAUGUCACUGUCUCAUGGAGACAGCUGCCUUGCUCUGCAGGGGAAUUCUGUUAAAGACCACCUAGAUUUUUCUAGAAAAAAACAGUUGUGCCUUCAUUUUAAUUCAACAGUCAUCUAACCACUCAGGUUAUAGAAGAUAAUUGGUUUGCAGAGUGUUUAGAGUAAAGACUCAAAACAGUUAUUAAAGUAAGUGCCCUGAUCUUCAGUUUUAUGUCUUGAGUAGCGCUGCUUAGGAAGUGGGUUUUUCCUUUCCUUUUGCCUUUGCAGCCAAUUUCCAUUACUUUAAUAGUGAUACCUUCUCAGCCACCUCUCUCUUCUUGUUUCAGCUGCCCGAGCCAGCAAUCCGAGAUCUGAUUGUUGCCAGCAUCGCUGUCAAAUACACCCAGUCUAAUUCAGUUUGUUAUGCCAAGAAUGGACAGGUAACUGCUUGGAAAUGUUCAAGGGAGAUCAUCCCAUUGUACUUUCUGGCCAGAACGUCAGCUUUUGAAACUUGGUGCUGUGAAACAAAUACAAGUGCAGUGAUUUAGACAUCUUUCUGCAGGGUCUGCAGUUAAAGUUUUGCUAAGUUUCAUUUGAUACAUUCUUCCCUUCCCACCUUUUUCUAUGUUCCCUGGCUCACAGACUCCAAAAUUUCCCUUGUGUGUGUUUACUAUAUUGAAGCCAGCAGCAUAGUGGGUGAUGAUGGAUAUACAUUGUAAAUGAUUGAGGGCACAUUCUCUGCCCAGAAAACAAAUGCCUCGGUGUACAGUGAAUGUGUUUUCAAGCCAUUUACGCCACGCUGCCACUGCAGUCGUGUCUUCAUCCGGAAUCUGAGUGUGUUUUCAUGCACAAAGAGUGCUUCCUCUUCUCCACUAGGCAUUGCCAUCGUUACUCCCCCAUCAGACUUAAGAGUGCCACUUGCAUGCCUUGGAAGUGUUCCCCUUCACACCUCUUGUUUAUUAUUUUCAAGUGCAUGGCAGACCUUUCUGUAUACUUUCCAGUUCUGAACUUGCCCAGAAUUGUGAGUGGCGAUGUUGAGCUAGAAACUGUGUUUGGGAUAUUGAGUCCUGUUGAGUUGCUGCUGUCUUUUUAAAGACGCUUUGGCUUGUUGGGACCAAUCUGCUGACUUUGAAAGAGUUCUCCUGCCUUUGCAAGGAGACUCGUUUGUGGUGCCAGGCAGGCUUACUGCCGCUGCGCCAUAAAUGUCAAUAUGUCUCCCUGCAUUGAAGUGCUGCUAGGGGCAGACUGGCAGGAAAUCCUCUUGUGAGCCAGGGAAACUGUGGACAAAACGGCGGCUCCCUUGGCCUGAAAACAAGAUGAGCACCGCAACCCCAUAGUCGCCUUUGACUGAACUUAACCGUCCAGGGGUCCUUUACCUUUUUUUUAUAACUUGCCAAUUUGCUCUGCUCUCCUAAGGAGUCUAGGGUGGCAGUCAUGUGUCCUGUGCUUUAUCAACACUGUAAGCUUACAAGGUGGGAGAUUGUGGGAGCUUCCCAGCAGGUUUGUCACUGUUGCUUGCCAGGAAGGGUGAGGAGCUUGGUGCUGUGCUGGUGGUGCAGUUUUUAAUUUUGAUCUUAUUAAAGUGCUUCAGAGAAGCCUCAUGGGCUGUAGCUGCUGCUGGCCUCACAGGUCAUUUCAAGCUCAUGUCCUCCCCAUAAGCAUAAUAAAUAGGACUGGUCCAGGAACAAAGCGUGUUUGCCGCUGCUCCCUUUCAAGAACGGUGUUGAGCAUCCCUCCUUGAUGUUUCCUCCAGAGCCUUUGCAGAGGCAGCUGCAUUUUCCAUUGUUGGAGCGUUGCAAUAAUGACUGUACCAUCUGUGAUGCUGGGGAAGUAAGAGACUCCAUUCAGGUUCAAGCAGAAGGAAGACUCCUCUUUGCUACUUGGGGCAAAUGGUGUACAUUUUGAUUCUGUUUGUGUAUGGUACAUUUUGAACUGUUCUUGUUUUUCUCUGGAUGUUGGGCUUCUACCCUGCCCCCCCCUUUUUAAUGAUAGCAGUUAUAGCAACAUAAUGAGCUUUUUUCUCUGUGUCAAAAGCCUCUUAGUUGACUUCAUCCUGUGAUUUGUUUAUGUGCUCAGGGGGCUAUUCAGAGGCUGAGCUGAAAAACAAGGCGGGGGGGAGCCUCUGGAAUAAUUUAGGAUUCUAAUCCUGCUUCUGUUUCUUCUCCGGAUAAAUGAUUGAACUGUUUAUACCGUCAUUUCAGUUGACAGACACGAGGGCUGUAUUCUGUUGCAGUCUCUGCAAACAUCCCAAGAGAGUUAACUAGAAUACACUGAGAUUCUUCGUUGCAAUAAACAAGUCAUUCAGACCUGAAAUGGCAACUCUCCAUUGGGUACUUUUGAUAUACCUUGUACCUGGCUGGUAUAGUGUUGGCUGUAUAAAUGUUCAGUUGCUUUUAGCACCAUUCAAGAGCCAUUGAAAUUUGUGGCAAAUCUCCCGUAAAUCUUAAAGGAUCAGGGCCACACCCAGAAUGAACAAGCCCUUGGGCAGCCCCUUAACUUUCAGGGGUGUGUGCCAUGACUCCUCCCCCCCCCCUUGGGAUGUGCUUCAGUAUUGUCCAGCUCCUGAUAUUGAGGGCUUAUCCACACUUCCUCUUGCCCCACUCUGUUCCCCAGGGAAAAGAGUCUACUCCUUAGGACUCAGCUGAGUGCCAAUUGGAGCAAACCGCCAUUUGGGUUUUCUCUGGGUUGAUGCUGGCUCCGUUUCAGAGCUAGAGGGUUUUCCCUGGGGAAGGUGCAGGGCAGGGGGAAACAGCUCAGACCCCCAUGUUUCUAGGCACGGGACAAGGGAGAGCGUGGAGGGAGCCCUAAGUGCCCCUCGAGUUUUUAUCUUCAGAGCUGACAGGAUUUGCUGCUUUCCCCCUUAAUUAAGAAUCACGGUACUCAAAUUCAGUUACUCAGACGAGAGGCAUAUAAUAAGCAACCCAGAAUGCUUAUGAAGGAAUAAAGGUUAUAGAAGCACAUGGCCUUAGCUCCUGAAUUGUUCUUCCCCAGGGACAGAAGGGCUGCUUCCAUUCACAUCCAACGGAAACCCCUGCUGUGAUUUUUGUAAUUUCCUGUAGACCCACCCCCUCCCCUGCCACAGCCACCUAUAUUUUUGCCACCACCAAAGCAAGGUAAAUUUUCUAGGGGCUGCAUGUGGCUUGGGGAAUUGGUGGAAACUAUCAUGCUGGGGUAAAGAAGCUUUUUGGCCCUGGGAGCAGAUCUGAAGGUGGAGGUUGUAAGGAGCUGCCAUGGGGCAGUUAAGGAGCAGCGCUGGGAGGGAGUCGUGGUUUCUGCCGCAUGGCUCCUUGAGUGUAGAGGAUCCUGAGCACACUUUGCUUGGAAGGGAAGCAACUUCACACACCUUGUCUUUCACUCAGUGACUACGAAGGAGCAAGAAUUAACAAAUCAAACAUCACAGACCAGGUUCUCAAACUUUUUUCUCAGAAUAUAAAUUAGCUCACCCCACAUCAGAUUUUUUAUUGAUAAUAAAUACAUUGGAAAACACAAAGAAACAACUCCUAGCAGUGCUUGAAUUAUAACACAGAACACAACUUCUAUAUAAUAUGGUCAUGAGACACCCAGAAAGUAUAAAACAGUCCAGCUUCAUAAGAACAUGAAUCAUUUCCAAAAUGUAAUUAUAAACGAGCCUCUUUCAUCUGUGCCUUAAGUAUGAGUAAUCACAUUUAUAUUAGGUGUAGUUUGAGACAAACAAACUCAUCUCUUCAACACAAAGAAGCCUUUCUCUUUUCUGAUCUUUCAUAUUUGUCAGAGUUCAAAAUCCCUGUUCACAACAAUAUGUUGUGGAGAACUGUAGAAAAACAGCCAGUGCUCUCACUCUCAUUUUAAAAAGAUAUCCAUAUUCUGCAUUUUAUUUUAUUUUUUAAGUUGAUACUAUGCUACACUGAAACGUUGGAAUGUUUCUUUGAUUGCCCUUGAAUCUUCCCACCGCACUUCCCAUCCUCUCCUGGCACACCCGUGUGGCAAGGCCUGCCCUUUGAGAGCUACUGCCACAGACCAAGCACUUGUCCUGCUUAGAGGUGCAGUAUUUUGUUUGUUGUGAAGAUGAAGAGUGUUGUUUGAUGUGUAAAAUCAGCUUGUAUUGAGGUUCAAUGCAGUCCUGAAGCCAGUGGAGAAGCCAUGUUAGGCAAAAGACCUUUCUAAUGGAGCAGGCACAACAUUACAGCUGCCCAGCAUGCAGGACUCUGUAAAUCCAUUCAUUGUGUAGCCCCUGAGGAAUAUUAAACAAGCGCAAUGUUGUGUAAUGCCAGUGGCUGUCUUGUUAGCUAGGAGCAUAUUAUUCAUUGGCUGCUAAAAAAAGGACACAAGUCCAGAUUUUUCAUUCCCUGUCAUUGGGGAACGAUCCUUAUUUUUGUUUUAUAAAUGAUCCUGGCAAGAUGUGAAAUCACGGUAGGAAUAAGACAGCAAAUGGUUCAUUUCUUUCAGUUUGGCCUUGGACUUAGGGCUUUAACAUCUGGAAAUGCAGCCUAACCAGCCUGGAAAGUUUGAGGCAGUGGCCAGGCCUCUUGACCCAGCAAGGAACUCAUCUCUCCCCUGGUGCUCCUUUCCUUGGGCGGAAACGGGAACACAGUCCCAAAAUAUUGCAGAGGGUGGGGGUGAGGAGAGUGGAAAGUGCCCCCCAACCUGUUUUUAACAUAGUAGAAUGAAGGCCCAAACCCCAAAAAUAAUUGAGCUGAAAAUGAAAUACACAUGGAUGAUGCAACUCUUGAGUUUUGGCCAUUUGAGAUUAUACGCUACCUCCCUGAUGUCAGUCGCUUAACUUAGGAGACUAUUUGCUCUCUGAGUUCCCUGUUGCAGUGGCACUGGAGGUAAUAAGCCUUUUACUGCUUUUAAGCCUUUUACUGUGUUGUAAAUAAAAAUAUGCCCUUUUCCCUUAUGGGGUAUCCAAGAGCCCAUAUAGAGUCCUUACAUAGGUUCUCUAUUGGUAGGAGAAAAUAACAGAGGCCAACCAGAGAAUAUUGAGAAGCAAAGCAGCUAGUAAGCCUAGCAAUCUUUAUUGAUCUGUUGCAAAGCUUACUAGCUGCUUUGCUUCUCAAUAUUCUCUGGUUGGCCUCUCUUAUUUUCUCCUACCGAUAAGGAACCUAUGUAAGGACUCUAUAUGGGCUCUUGGAUACCCCAUAAGGGAAAAGGGCAUAUUUUUAUUUACAACAACUGCUCUUUAAAUACAGGCUUAAAAAUGAAUUCAGAAUUUUAAUCUACAGUAAUAAGAUCGAUCUGAGCAUAUGGAGAUUGCUUCAGAGUAAAAAUGCAUAGAGUUGCCCUGCCUAAGCAUGGAACUGGCAUUAUUAUCUGAAUUAGUGCAGGGUUGUGAAUGUACAGUUGUCGCAUAGCUUUUGAGUCCUCAUUGCAUUAGAAUGAGGUUUACACCUUUCCCUGGAUUUGCUUAGAUUUUUAAUCUGUCUCUUGAGUUCAAGGUGAGCAGAGCAGAAUGCAUGGUUCAUAAAACACACACAUAUACACACAUACUGACGGAUGUUUAUCCUCACAACAGGAGGUAGUUUAGGCUGAAAAGAUGUGACUGUCCCAAGGCUAUCCCAUUAGCUUUGUGGCUGAACGGCUAUUUGAAUUUGGUCCCUUGACUCCUGAUCCCAACAAUCAUAAUUUCUACACCCAGAUUGUAGUUUAGAGUGUCAGAUGCUAUUCUUUCAGAAAACGUUAUUAAGCCCUGCUGCUAGAUAGGAUUGCAGUCAUGAAUAAUAAUAACUGGUAAUUUCUAUAAUUGUGGACCCUGGAAAAAAUGAGCAGGGAAAUUGUUAUUGAUUGCACUGGUAAUUACCUGGUUUUAGGUUAACAUUUCUCCCGGUGAGUGCCGGUCUGUAGAGAGGGGGAGGGGGUGUAACGCUGCUCUUGGCUUUACGCAAAAUAAAACACAUGUUGUCUUCUUAAAAGUAUCCUCUCCAGUCAGUCUGCUAAACUGCUCUCCAGCCCACCUGUAAAAUAAAUUAUGUAAUGACUUUUCCCGGAGCGUUUUAGAUAGAUAUAACAGCAUAUUAGAAGGGCUGAGACCACAAAACCCUUGGAUGCUAAAAGAAGCUUGUUAGCCAGACUUUGCGUGUGAGGGUGAUUGCCCCCUGUUUCGCUUUCUUCAUUUAUUAGUGGAUUUACAGGACAGCCGUUUGAAGUAGACUAGUUUCUUAAGAAGUUGUCUUCACAUGCAUGGGUUUUCUGAUGGAUUGCUGCUAUUUCUGCUUCAGAUUGAGCACAUGCAGGCAGGUAGAAUUUAGAUAGGAAGAAACUGGAUUUGCUACUAAGCAGAAAGGCAUUAGCUUAGCAGAAGAAGUUGUCUUUCUGCACCAGUUAAUUAUUUCUGGCUUUGGCAAUGCCCAGUAUAAGUGCCUCCAUAAGGGGCAGGGGGGAAAUUGUGACCUUGCAGCAGCAGCAGCAUUGUGUGUACCUGUGGGGCUGCCACAGCUCCCCUGGAGCUCCUCUGGCCUAAUGACCACAGCACUACCAUCCGGACAACAUCCACUGUUGCCUCCUCAUCCUCCCUGCCCCAAGCCAUCACUUCCAAAAGAGAUGGUGUGCCUCAGGCAAAUGACUUUAAUAUUGAAUGGACUUAGGAGGCAGCCUUGAUACUGAACAGCCAGACUGCGCUCUUUGGGAACGUGGAAAUGUGUGCCUGCAGUUGCCCUCCUGCGCAGCCAGGCUUCCUGCCUGGAACUGACUGGAUAGCACCUGGAGUAUAUAAAAAUCCAGUCUUCCUUCUAAAUUUCAUUUAGAUUCCGCCCGCUUUUCUAGUCCUCAUUGUUGUGAAAAAAAAGUUUGAAAAUAUAUGUAGAACUAAAGUGGUAACAGCAGGAAAAAAUAUGCAGGGAUUGGAACUCAAAAGUUUUGGAUGUUGGUAUUCUCUAUCUCUUCCCCCCUCUUUCUUUCUUUCUCCUUAAUGUUAGAGGCCUAUGAGUUGUGUCUCCCCACCCCUUCAAAAAAAGCUCAACAGUUUCUAUGUUACUCUUGUAUCAUCAUAUGUUCCAGCAUAUGGUGGGGUUUAUGUGCUUUUUUGCGGGGGAUUUUUUGCAGUCAAGCAGUAUACAAAAUUGUAUUAAAGUAAUGAAUAAAUUUCAGCUAGAAACUUACCUACUCCUGAGCUGUAUAUUUCCCUGCUUGCAAAUCUAACCUUUGACAAUUUUCCUAUAUGUUGUUUUGCUUACGUGGACAAGUUCAUAUAAUGCUGGGCAGCAUCAGGUUACACAGCCUGUGGUCCUAUUGAACCUGGUAAGACAGAAUCCCAGGGGGGUUGGAGCUUUACAAUCCCCAAUCUUGGGUUGGGGCCCCUAAUCUUUUCCAGAGGUUCAGGGCUGCAGUGAGCCUUCUCUAGGCCAGUGACACAUAUUCACUCAGCCAGAAUUGACUCUCUUUGGCUGCCUUAACCUCCUGCACCAUCUGCCCAUUUCAAUGAAGUCUGUAUUGAUUGUGGAAAUUAAGAUAGCUUACAAUGUAGUAGAGAAUAUUACAGCUUUCUCCAUAGUGUUUGGGACUCCCACAUUGGAGAACGGCUCAUCCGAGAACACGCAGUGCAACUGCUUUCCCAGAGCAGGCUAGAUGCCUAGAAAUUCUCAUAACUUGAGUGCUUCCUUUUCCUUGGCUCAAUGCAGAGAUUACUGAAGAAAAAGCAGUCUUGUUUCCUAACUUAACAAAUAUUUUGCUUCCCAACCCCCCCCCCCCGGCGGGUGUGUAAUGUUCAGGAAUCUUGUUUCUAAACUGGUACAUAUUGGUGACACAGUUUGUUUAAGGUUUGGCUUUUCUGGUGAGGCCUUGAGUGAAGUUCUUAGGAAAAGGUGCCCAUGGAAGCUUGCCCUUCCUCCAAAUAACUCUAGUGCUCUGUCUCUUUCAGGUGGUUGGCAUUGGGGCAGGGCAGCAGUCCCGAAUCCAUUGCACCCGACUGGCUGGAGACAAGGCAAACCACUGGUGGCUCAGGCAUCACCCCCGGGUGCUCUCCAUGAAGUUCAAAGCGGGAGUGAAAAGAGCGGAAAUCUCUAAUGCUAUUGACCAGUAUGUCACAGGGACCAUUGGAGAGGUAAGCCUGGGGGCACUUGGCGAGAGGCAAAGUCCAGAAUCUGUUCAGGAAUGGUGCUUGCAUUUAUACCCCUUUCUCCAGGGAGCUCAAGGUGGCUUACAUGAUUCCCCCUGCUCCUCACUUAAUCCCUACAACAAUCUUGUGAGGUAGGUUAUGCUGAGAGGCAGUGACUGGCUCAGGGUCACCCAGUGAGGUUCUUGGCCGAACCAGGGAUUUGAACUCUGGCUUCCCAAGUCUGGCACUCUGACCACUAGGCCACGUGCAACCUCUGCUCACAUAGGAGGCACCUUGGAAUGCUUACAACCCUGCGAAAGCUCUGCGCCUAGGGCUGCCUUAUUCAAAUAUUCAGUAGGAUAGCCAAAGCCUAGGGAGAAAGGGAUGUGCCUUGCAUAUUCAUGUACUUGGGAUGGGAGCUCUUGGUUGUGAUUGCCAUGGCUGGAUCUAUGUGCUGUUAGUUAUUGAAGCUGUAAUUCUCUGUUGCUUUUAUAUAGUACUUAAUUACAAAAAACAACAGUAUGAAAAACAGGCAAGUUUGUUCCAAGUGCAUUAGACUUCUUAGGGUAGAGCCCCCCCCCGCAAGUUAGAUGAUCCUUGGAAGCCUCAGUAAAAAGGCCAGGCAUCUCCACAUUUCUCAGAGGCAGACAAUACUCCCAUCAUGAAGUGCAUCUGAAAGGUAAGGGUCAGAUUCAAAUAAAACUAGGAUCAGUAUCAAGUGUCUUCCUUCCAGAUCUGGGUUAUCAUAUUUAUCACAUCAUAUUUAUCAACUGAUAUUUCAGAAGAUCCAACCGGGUACCUUUAUAGCUGCUUCCACGAGAAGGUCUGGUUCGUAAAGAGGGAAGGUUCCUAAAGACUUCAAUCUGAAGUACCAGAAGAAAUUAAGUCAGAGCUGCCGCCUAGUUCUCAUCAGAGAUCUUUAAGGGAAUAAAAGGACCACGAAUGGCAACUCUCUGGUUGAAAAGCUUGUGCCGAAAGCAUUAAAAACAAAUAUCCAAAUUUGAACACUGCCCCCACCCCCUUUAGCUGCAGAAGGGUGUUUGACUUCUUAUUACUUGAAUGCUUCUCUGGCAAGUUCAGGGCUUCCACAAACGUUGCAUAACUUGGUAAACUACACACUCCUUCGGAAUGCAAUAAAGUCUGAAUGCAAUAAAGCAAACAGGGAUGUGGUUAAAACAGACAUUCUGCAAAUCAUGUCAGAAGUCUGAUUGCUUCCUUGGGGCAAACGGCAGCUGGAUCAGUGGCACUCAAGACAGAGGACAGUGAGCCAAAAUCCUGUUUUGUUAAAUGUUGUGUUGGGCUCCUUGUACUAAACGGUCUGUUUGGGUGCUUUGAUGUUUACUCACUGGCUGGAGUAGCAGAAAAUAGGCCAAGCAAAGCAAAUGACUGAAAUGAGCAGGGUGCUUUGUAGCAGGAAGCUAUAAGGGUACGUGUGUGCAUUAGUUUAAACAACAAAGGAACCAGAGGGGCUUAGAAUUUAAUAAACCUCCGAGUACAAAUUUUGUAGCAAGGUGUUUUACGUGGCUGUGACCUUCCAGUGGGGAACUUGGAGAAAUGUUUGCAUUCUUGUCACUGUAUUUGCCUGCAUUGUUGAAUUAGAUGCCAUCAAUGAAGCAGGUGAAUUUUUAAAAUGCCCCUUUGCAGGAUGAAGAUCUUGUCAAGUGGAAGGCGCUGUUUGAGGAAGUCCCAGCUUUGCUAACUGAGGCAGACCAAAAGGCAUGGAUUGGGAAACUGAACGGAGUCUCGCUCAGCUCUGAUGCUUUCUUCCCUUUCAGGGAUAACGUGGAUAGAGCAAAGCGGGUAAGGCUGUGGAAUUGGGGGUAGGGGGGUGACUGUGACUCUUAAUGACUAGCAGGCCUGAGGAGAAUAUGUCCAGUUAGCUGCUCUUGCUCUGCAUGCUGGCUCCCUAAAGUCUGUUUUGUAGGUUACGGUUGCAAGUAAGAGGUAUCAAAGUGGAAGCAGGAGUUGCUGUAGGGAAAUUUAGUCCUGACAUGCAUUUCAGGAAAAGCUGGUGAUACUUACUCAAACUCGGACAGGUUGCAAUUCUCAUCUUUCAGCACCUUCCAAAGAGAAGAUUCACCACCCUUAGUAUCCUCUCUGACCUCCGUUUAGGACAAUCUUCCCUAAAAGUGGUUGACAGCUUUUGUGGGCACCCCAUAUGUGCAGAAUUGUGCAACAGCUAAUGAAAUGGUUCAACAAAGCUGAUUUGUUUUUGUCUCCCUCCUCCUUUUCUCUCAGAGUGGAGUCCAGUUCAUUGCUGCCCCUUCUGGUUCAGCAGCUGACCAAGUUGUGAUCGAAGCCUGUGAUGAGCUGGGAAUAACUCUAGUUCAUACCAGCCUCCGUCUCUUCCACCACUGAAGCUUCCCCAUGUUGCCAGACAUUCCUCCUUGCUCAUUUGCUUGUCUCUUUGCUUGUGGAAGCAUCCUCAUUAACGGGUUCUUGCUUGCUUUCUAAAAAGCCAGUCUUCAUGGGAACAUUUCACUUUAUAUUCUACAUAUGAUACCAAUUGCUUUGAGAAAACUAAAGUAGCUAGCCUCUGAUGCAUUUCUUGAAAAAUUAAUGGACAAAAGUGUUUGUCACUAAUGUGUCUGAAGUCAAAUUCUUUAUGCAUUCAAGGCGUGGACAUUGGUUUUAUUGGCUUUUGCAGUAUGCAGAUAAUCAGCUGGGCAUUGUAUGUAUGGGAAGCAGAUAAUCAUUGUACUUUGAUAUUAAAAUACCACAUUUAAUCUCAUAAUAGUCUCACCCCCAUUUUUGCGGCUCUAAAGUGGGUUCCAGUGCUUUCCCCACAUAAUAGUUGCAGGGUAUAAUUUGACAGCAGGAGGAUCCGUGGAGCUGGGCUGCCGAUGGCCUUGAUUGCUGGCUAUUGACUGGGAAGGGCAUUCAACCCGGGUGCCAGACUGCUUUUGCCUCUCUGGGUCCCUCCAUCUGUUCAUGCCUCUGGGCGCGCGAGCUGCCGGAGGCCUGUGCAAACUUGGCAGGCGUGGAAUUCCAGCGCCCCACAACUUGGCUCACACCCAACCGCUGAGGCCUGCGUCUCCUCCUGCCCACACUCUGGGACACGACGGCUUCCACCCACCUUGACGGCUUCCAGCCAUUACCGUAAUUCACUACAUAAUGGUUGCAACCCCCCCUUUUUUGGGGGGGAGAGUAUUAAAAAUGCAGCAAUGAUGCAGUGAAAUAUGGUAUUUCUAUUGCACUCUUCGAAGAGCAAGUUACAAUUGCUAAUAAAAUAGUUAAAACAAAAUGUAAUGCAUCAGCAAGGAUUAACAAUAUAAAAUGGUAGCAAGAUAAGUAAACUUCACAGCAGUGGGAAUGGAGGCAAAGGCCUGGGUGGUGGUUUUAAAUUGGUGCCCAAAACUUAGCACUGUACAGACAGGAUAUUCUGAAUUUGGGGUGCCUGACCCCUAGUGAUGUUCACUGGCCACUCCGAUUGCAGCUUCUUCUGCGGUUUCUCCUAUCAUGGUUAAAUAUGAUGAGGUGACUGGCAACUACAAAACUUACUGUGCACCCUCAGCAGACGUUACCUCCACAACAGCUAAACCUCUUUUUUAAAGGGAUGGAAGGAUUUAUAGACCUACAAGCAUGGAAGAAGCUGCACUCACACGGAUAAGUGAGAAUUUGAAGGGGGUCCGGCACAAGUAAUAUAAUACAUGUUGAGUAAAUUUAUAGAAUAAAUGUCGUAGUUUGUAGCCAUGCUGUUAUAAGCAACCACAAUACAUUCUUUUGUUAACAAGGGGUUGGGGAACAACUGCAGGAGGAUCUGCAACAACUUUGGUGUGGGAGUGUCUGAAGCUUUAUCGGGCUCCUGUAUCCUUAUUCUCUGUAUUCUGUACUAGGUACACCAACUUGUGGUCCGACUAUAAAUAUGUUAAACUCCAGCACUUGCACCGGGACAUCAAGAUGCUCUGUGCAGCUUCUUCUACUCUACAUACUCUCACAUAAGACCAGGAGAGAUAAAGACUUGAAGAAGCUGAAGCCUCAUCUUUCUAAAUGUUUGUUUCCCUUUUCAGAACUCUGAAAUCAAAACAGUGAGCUACAAUAAAAAGAUUUGCCUUAUGCUUAGUUGGAAUUAUUAAAUGUGAACUGUCUUUGGGGAGGUGUAUUAUAAAGUGAUGGAAAUAACUUCUGCCAUGCUGACAGCAGAAUAUGUGGUAAGAGUAGGUAAUUUUCACUGCCAAGGGGGAGGAAACUGGCAGCAUGGUUUCUGCGUGUUUGGUGGUUUAUUAAAAAUGUCUCCACUGUGAAAUACUCUGAAGC